AAAAUGAAACCAUAUCUCCAGCAGCAGCAGCAGUAGCAGCAGCAUUGAGUUAUGACUUCAGACGCUGUGUGUUUGUGACUUGUUUAACUUGCUCACUAAUCCUCAACUAGAUUUAACUUUGUAGCAGUUCCUCCAGCUUGCACUUGAAAUCGUCUGACGUCUGCUUUUGGGAGAAUUAUGGCGAUACCAUGUAAAACACCCAUGUGGGCUGCAUUUUCCACACCUUGACACCAAUAGACAGCUUCAAUGAACCCAUGACACAAACAGGAACAUCUGGGGCCAGAAAAUAUCCAACCUUCUCAUGGAGAGGAAGGCACAUUAUGAUUCUAUCCUGGACCGAAGCAAACGCAUUAUGUGGCAGGAUGACUGCUACGUGGACCUUCAGUCUACGUCCUGCUCUCUCUCUUCGCAAGCAGAAACAGAGGAUCUUGGUUGGAUCCAAAGGCAUCAAGACCAGCUGCAACGCUUCACUACCACCUCCUUCCUGGAGGGGAUGUUAACCCACCUAAGAAAGGUGGAUGUGCUGAGUUCAGCUGAGGAGACCAAGAUCAAGGAAGCAGGCCAGCUGCAGGACCAGGUUAACAUGCUCACAACUAUUGUCACCAGCAAGGACACUCAAAGCUCCGAUGCCCUCCAGGGUUUCAUAGAGAGCUCAGAUUCUCAGGUGGCCCAGCUCAUCAUAAACCACGACUCCAUGGUGAAGGAGCAUAAAGAGAUUAUUUUACGGCAAUAUGAGCAGUACAGAGACAGAGAUUCAGUCAGCUGCCCCAAAUUGAACAUCUCCUCAAGAACUUUACUUCUGGUCGAUGGACUUUCUGAUCUCCAGCAGAAAGAACAUGACUUGAUGCAGGUGGGGGCGACUCGAGGAGGGAAAAGAAAUCAUCUUAGACAACUGGGGCUGGCCAAGCUCCUGGAGCCCCUCACCCGGGUCAGUUUGCCUCCCAGGGUUUCUCUCACAGUUGGGGUUGCUGGUAUCGGCAAGACCACCUGGGUCCGACACUUCAUCAGACAGUGGAGCCAAGGGGCCCUCUGUACGGAUGUGAGCUUCGUCUUACCUUUCACCUUUAGUGAGCUGAACUCACUGGAGAAGCUUUCAGCUGAGAAACUGGUGAAAAUGGCUUUUCCUCAUUUAACUGACCUCAGUCUGAUCCUGAGCAGCCCCUGCCGGACACUGCUCAUACUUGAUGGAUUGGAUGAAUUCCGCUGCACUUUAAAUUUCUCUGAGGCAGCACCCUGCAAUGACCCAAAGAAAGAAGUGCCCAUUGACGACUUGAUCACUAACAUCAUCCGGGGGAAUCUGCUCCCUGACGUAGCGGUGUGGGUGACUUCCAGGCCAGGAGUGGCCUCGCUCAUCCCUGGAGGACUGGUGGACAGGGUGACUGAGAUCCCAGGAUUCAGCUCGAAGGACAUCCAGAUCUUCCUAAACCACCACUUCCCAGAGAGGGACUUUGCCAGCAAAAUAUGGGCACACUUGGAGUCCAAUAAGAUCUUAAUGGUGAUGUGCUACAUACCGUGCAUUUGCUGGAUAGUAGCUGAUACCCUGAUGUACAUCAUGCAGAGCGGAACACAGGAAAGCCUUCCGAGGACUUGCACUGAGCUCUACGGCCACUUCUGUUCCAUGAAGGCAGAGGUAGGCGAACCAAGAGGCAGAGAGCCUGUAAAAAUGGAGCAGCUUCAUGGGAGCAAUCGUAAACUGCUGGGAAAUCUUGGAAGACUGGCCUUUUAUGGGCUCCUCAAACACAAAUACACCUUCAGUGAGCAGGACCUCAGGGCCUAUGGGAUCGACCUGUUGUUAACUCAGAGCAGUCUUGGUGCAGGGAUUCUCAUUCGGGAGGAGUCAGCCAUAUACACAACAUACCGCUUCACCCAUCUUACUCUGCAGGAGUUUCUUGCCGCUACUUUCUACCAUGUGUCCUCCAAGCGAGCCAUCUUUGACUUGUUCUCAGAAAGCACCAUGUCUUGGCCCAAGAUCGGCUUCCAGAACCACUUCAGGAGCGCCUUUCAACAUGCACAGCAAGCUGAAGAUGGCCAUUUGGAUGUGUUUGCACGCUUCCUGACAGGCCUGCUGUGCCCAGCAGCGCUGAAACCUCUUGCUGGACUUUUGGCCCUUGGGAAAGAUGAUGGUAAUCAGAAGGCAUGGGCAGCAGGGUUUUUACAAGGCCUCUUGGUCAGCGGGGGUGCUGUGGUGUCUCUGCGUGCAGUCAAUGUGGCUUACUGUUUACAAGAGCUGCAACACACAGAGCUGUUGCGUAGUGUAGAGGAGGAUUUACGGCUUGGUAGCUUGGCGGGGAAGUUAUCACGGGCUCACUGUGUUGUGCUGGGCUACCUGCUGCAUGUGUCUCCAGAAUGCAGCGAACAGACAAACCUGACUGGCUCUUUGAAUUACACCACAGUGAAAUGUUUGCUCCCACAGUUGCUGUACUGCAGCCAUCUCAGGCUAGAGAAUAAUCAGUUCAAAGAUGAUGUCAUGGAAUUGCUGGGAAGUCUCCUGAGCGCCAAAGACUGCCAUAUUCAGAGGAUUAGUUUGGCAGACAACGCCGUCAGCAACAAAGGUGCCAAAGCGCUGAGUCGAGCCCUCUUAGUGAAUCGGACACUAACGUCUCUCAAUCUCCGGAACAACAACAUUGGCUCUAAAGGUGCAAAGUUCCUGGCAGAAGCUCUGAAAAUGAACCAAGUCCUGGUAUCAGUCAACUUUCAGAACAAUGCCAUCGAGGAGGAGGGUGCUCAGGCCCUUGCUGAAGUACUGCAGUGCAACCGUAAAUUGGUGUCUCUGAACAUAAGGAAAAACACAAUCGGAGCAGGAGGAGCCAAGAGGAUUGCAGAUGCGCUGAAGACAAAUCGGACUCUGACAAAGCUGAUUCUUUGUAGUAACCAGCUCGGGGAUAAAGGAACCAUCGCUCUGGCAGAGGCUUUGGCGCUCAACCACACUCUGCUCUCACUUCAACUUCAGAGUAACUCGAUUAGCAACAGGGGGAUGACCGCCUUAACCAAAGCACUCAGGCUGAACCGUGGCCUUGUCUCCUUGAAUUUAAGGGAGAACUCGAUUGGAGUGGAGGGAGCGAAGAACAUGGCCCAUGCUCUCUAUGAAAACAGCUCUCUGCAGGACCUCGAUCUCACAGCCAACCUGUUGCACGAUGAAGGGGUUCAGGCUAUUGCUGGCGCAAUCAAGUUCAAUCAAGGACUCACCUCUUUGCAUCUCCAGUGGAAUUUCAUCAAGUCCUCUGCCACCAAAGCUCUGGCCCAUGCUCUGCUCUCCAACAGCACAAUGCAGCUCCUGGAUCUACAGGAGAAUGCUAUUGGCAAUGAUGGCGUCAUUUUCCUCGCAGAAGCUCUGAAAACCAACACUGCUCUUCAUACUUUAUGCCUCCAGGGGGUCUCAGCAGGCACAAGUGGUGCCAUUGCCAUGGCAGAGGCUCUAGUGACCAACCAAACCCUGCAAACAUUAGAUCUGCGAGGGAACACUGUGGGGAUGGAGGGAGCGAAGGCUCUGGCUAAUGCACUGAAAAACAACAGAAGCCUUAAGUCAUUGAACCUGCAGGAGAACUCUCUGGGUAUGGAUGGAGCCAUAUUCAUUGCAACAGCCCUGAAAGGAAACCAUCAACUGACAUAUAUCAACUUGCAGGGAAAUGGCAUUGGCGAAUCUGGUGCGAAGGUCAUAUCUGAUGCCAUAAGAGCCAAUGCUCCGGGCUGUGUGGUGGACAUCUGACUAAGGAGAGAGAAGCUUUUACUGAGGAAGGUCGUACAGCACACGUGGCUAAGAAAUAACAGUAGGCUGUGUUAUCAGGAGUAGAUGUAAACUAUGUAAUUAUGCUAAACUAUCUUUUUUUUUAUUUUUUUAAAAACAGUUUCACCAUAUUUUUUAGAUAGAUUUUUCUAUAUUUAUUAUGACAAUUAAUGGUUAUCCUUGUCUUGAACAAGCAGUUGCCACAGAUCUUGACAACUAUGAAGAUCCUUGAAAUUACAACAUAUUUUAAUGUAAAUAUACUCGACAUCCUAAACUACAGUGAAGCUGCAUCCCUCCAUAUUUGUCCUAAUGUAGAUGUUAUUCUGGACAUUUGCUCUAUUUGCACAAAUGAAUCUGGAGUAAAGAAAUAAAAUGGAUAAAAUUCA